CUGGCCCAUUCAACCCGCUUCUUGUCCAGUGAACCCAUUUCAUUCCCGGCGGAGUUGCUUUCUUUCCUGAAUUCCCAAAUCCCUUCCAAACCCUGAACCCUUCGAAACCCAAAAAUUUCCUCACCGCAGUUCAGAAAAUGGCUUCGAUCUCCUCAAAGUUCCCGGCCAAAUCCCUAACCAAGUUGUUAACUUUCAGUCCGAAGAGCGGCAUCUCUCGCUCCUUAUCAGCCGCCACUGCCGCAGCGGCUUCAGAGACCCGAACCCAGAAGCUGGAACGCAUCGCCGACGAUCUACUCGACCUCACGAAGCUCGAGCGCCACGACUACGCUGUCCUCUUCCGCCUCAAAAUGGGUCUCAACCGCUACGGCCCGGCUCUCUCCGGACCCAUGUCCUCGGGCCCCGCGGGCGGCGCCGCCGCCGCGGGUGCGGAUUCGAAGCCGGCCGAGAAGACGGUGUUCGACAUCAAGCUGGAGAAGUUCGACGCGGCGGCGAAGAUCAAGAUUAUUAAGGAAGUUAGAUCCUUUACCGAUUUGGGUCUCAAAGAGGCGAAAGAUUUGGUGGAGAAAGUGCCUGCGGUGCUGAAGAAAGGGCUUACUAAAGAGGAGGCCACCGCCAUUGUUGAGAAGCUCAAAGAAUUGGGAGCUACCGUGGUACUGGAAUAACAAGCUCAUAUUAUUACUCUUUCAGCUGUAGUUUAUUUAUGGGUUUCAGUGUUGGUUUCCGAAUUCGUAGAACAACACUCUGCUGGUUAGCUUUUGGUUCUAUAUUGUGGAAGUGGUUGGAAAAGGAAGCUUUGUUGAGAUGCUAUACUUGAAUCCAGUUGUAGGCAUUUCCUGAAUGAUAAAGCUUCGUGAGAUGGAUUUGCAUCAGGUUGCCCUGGGGUUAUUGAAGGCAUGUUAACAUUUAGAUGGUGCUGAUAUACACUGACUAGGGUUUUAAGAACGGCUGCAAUGACCAUGUUGAAGAGUGUCCCAAUGGCUCUGGAACUUAUAGAACAUCCACAAUAAAAUUCAUCAUCUGCAUAACCAUUUUGUAUUGUGUAUACCCUGAAAUGAUAUGAAGCAGCAUCUGUAGCCUGCAUCUUGCACGAGCAUCUGGUUGAAGAGUUAUGAUUCUACUGCAUGUUCAGUAAUCCCGCAUUUUGCAUACAUAGAUCGAUUUUAGUAUCGAGUGUUGCAUUCUUACAAAGCAAGAUCAUAUUAUUACUCUUCCAACUGUAGUUUUACUGUAUUUUCUAAGGAACCGUUGUUGAGAUGCUAUUCAUGAAACCAGUUUUAGGCAUUUUCUGAAUGUUAAACUUUGGCUAGAUUUCAGAGAAUUCACGGAUAGAUGUGUACCAGGUUGCCCUAGGGAUAUUGAAGGCUCUGUUAUUGUUUAGAUGGCGCUGAACUGCUGAUACACUGACUAGGGCUUAAGAAUGGCUGCAAUCACCAUGUUGAAAAGCUGCCAAUGGCUGAAACUAAUGGAACAUCCAUUAUAUAUUGCAUCCUUUGCAUAAGCAUUUUGUAUUGUACAUACCAUGAAAAUGAUUUGAAGCACCAUAUGCCACUACAUCUUAAGGACGAGCAUCUGGUUGAAGGGUUAAGAUUCUACUUGCCUGAUCAGUAAUCCCACAUUUUGCAUACAUGGACAGUAUUCUAGUAGAGUAUUGUCUGCCAUCAUCAGAUGGAAAAACAGAGCCCGUCUUUGUGACGGCCACAACAGCUACAGCAACCAGCUAGCCGUCGCAUCAAAUCCAUUCUAUCGACUUAUCAUAUUUUCGAGCACAAUAAAUCCAAAAAAUCUAAGAAAGACUCAUGUAUUGCUGAACUUAUAGCUGAGUAAUUACGACGGUGAUCUAUUAUAGGAGUUAACCCCUUCAUGAUUACUAACCCUAGGCCACAUUUGAUGAUUGUUCAUUGCAUCAUAUGCUAUGAAAUGUAUCGUAUUUGGACUUCCUUCCUAGAUUAUGGUGAACUGGUUAUUGCAUUUUUUUGGAAAUAAGAGUGUGUAGGAUGUGAUUAUACCUAGCAUUGUACCAUGGGUUGAUGUAUUAAAUUUUGUUAUUAUUUGUGUACAAGCACUAAAGAAGCACGAAAUUUCCCGAUAGAGAUAGAGUAUCAGUUCAUGUUUGACGUGAGUUUAUAGAUGCUACAAUGGUACCAUCGUUUGCAAUAUAUGAAGACCAUAAUCGAAUUGAAAAUCUAUUUAGUCCACUUUGGACAGGUCGGUUAAGCUUUGGUAUGCUCUUUCUUUCGUUUUUAAGCGAAUCAUAUUUGGUUUCUUCGAAUCCGACAAAAAGUUUGGUUUGGUCAAUCAAAUUUGGUGUAAAUUACACAUUUUGUCAUUAUUAACGCUACAAAGUGCGGACCAAUUAUCUAGUAUGAAUAAUAGGGUUUCUCAUAUCAUCGCAAAACAAACCGUCUUAUCGUUA